CCACUUCUGGCGCUAUCACACCAUGACUUGACGACGGUCUCCCCGACGACAAUGAGAUCUGUAGGUUAGCGUCCCCUUUGUACGUGUAGACAGACGAAAUACCUUACUACCAUCGGCAGCAUGACAGCACUUCAACAACCAUUCUCGUCAUCGUCACCUCACUUCACUUUCUUCUUCCUACAUACCGAUAUCAUCGGGGUCGAAGAUCACCUCUGUGAAACGCUCUUCAGAGGCUACUUCUGAAAUACGAAAGCCAUUAUGCAAGUCAUCAGGAAGUCUGACUCAGUCCAUACUAGACAUCAGAAGCCUUACGACAAACCCCACUCGAGGCCAGGUGUUACAGCAGCGAGGAGUGACGACGAGAAAAUCAGCGCUUCAAGUGCUCCAGGCACUUACGACAAAAAUCUUCUGGCGAAGCUCGUUCUCGAGACUGCAAAGCUGAACGCGAGAGAUUGGGAUGAGAUCUCAAGCACAGUCGGGCAAACACUGUCCAAGAACAAGGAUCUUUGGCGAAAAGUGAUCAAGACUCAACUUAUCGCCGGAAAAGAAUGGUCAAAAUCCACCUCGCCAUCGUGGACGAAUCAACAAAAGAUUGCUCUCGUCAACUAUAUACUGGACAAGACGUCAGUGAACUGGGAUCAGGUCGCUCGAAGCUUUCCAGGCAAAAGCCCGAUCCAGGUGAAGGAUGUUUGGCGAAAGGUCUUGCUGCCAAAGAUACGUCGAGGAGAUCCUGUGAAUUGAGAGGUCCGUAAGAAGUUCAAG